AUGAACAAUUCCAGUGCUCUGAGAAAUGCAUUUCGGGAUGCUAUUGUAAGAGCGGUUUCGUUCGCGAGAAGCGCGGAGGCUGUUGUAUUCCACGGCAUCUUUGCAAUUCCAGUGAGCCUAAGAAAGAAGCGUCAGUAUGUGGGCCAAAUCAGGAGUACCAGGACUGUGGGACAGCAUGCCCAGAAACAUGCGCCGGAAAACCAGAAUUAUGCACUUUUAUAUGUGUUAGUGGUUGCUUUUGCAAAAAAGGCUUUGUGCUCAACGGCACCAAUUGCAUACUCAAGGAGCUAUGCCCUGGUUCAUUUUUUUUUCGCAAUAUUUCAUUUUGUGUCCAGCCAAACGAAUAAAUAAUA